AUGGGAGAUCAUUCAAAUUCUGUUCCUCCGGCGACUGGCUAUCCUGCCACCGGCUAUCCCCGGCCACCGCCUUACUCUCACUCCAGCGCUGCCGGAACAGCUUAUCCUUACGGCGCCCCACCGCCUCGGACAGCCUACUACCAGCAGCCGUACCCCAGUCCACGAGCCACUUUUCUCCGUCGCCUAUUCGCCAUCCUUGUCGCCACCUUGAUAAUCGCCGGUACAAUUGUCUUUAUCAUUUGGAUCGUUCUCCGCCCCCGCUUGCCCCAUUUCCAGGUCGACUCUGUCACUCUUUCCAACUUCAAUCUUUCGUCCUCCUCCCUAAUCACCGGCAACUGGGACGUGCGAUUCACCGUUCGGAACCCUAACCACAAGCUCAGUCUUUACUAUGACAAUAUCGAUGCCUUCAUCUACUACAAAGGGGAGUCUCUCGCGGAGACCACCUUGCCGCCGUUCGUUCAGGGGAAGAAGAAUCAGACAGCGAUGAGGGCCACAUUCGCUGCCUCCUCGGCUUACGUGGACAAAUGGGUUGUCGAUGACAUUAAUGGGGAUAAGGCGAAAGGUGCUAGCGUGAGCUUCAACGCGAGGAUGUUGGCCAGAAUUAGGUACAAAUCCGGUCUGUGGGCGAGGCGGCGGUUCUGGAGGAUUUAUUGUGGAGAAUUGCCUGUUUCACUUUCGGCAAAUGGCACUGGUGGGACAUUGGUUGGAGGAACAAAGGAGUGUAGAGUUGGAUUUUGA